GAAAGAGCAUAUAUAGUAGCAUCACAACAUUCCUGCAAAGGACGUGACACGACGAGGAACCUGUGAGGGCCCAACAACAACAAUAAAGUUGGCCACUUUCAGCAGUGACCCGUGCCUUUGUUUAGUCGCAUUUCCUCCGGCAGUGUGACACGCCAAACGAGUCAUUUGGCUGCCAAUAUUGAUCAUCGCUAUCGACACUCUCUCCUCGCAUCAUUUAACAAACAAACUGCCGCUACUCAAUCUUCCUCUUAACCGCCCCCCUCGUCCUUUAUUUCUCCGGACCAGUGGCAAGAGCAGAGCCUCCUCAGACUCUUAGAGCAGCCAGUCAUAGUCACUUUAAGGGCUCUCUCUUUUUUUCCUUACACCUUGUCCGACAAAAGCCCAAGCACUGCUGGCACACAGCCCGUCUGAUUCGACGGGGCAGAAUCCUCAGAACUCAAACCCUUAAAUAACGCGAACUACUCGAUCGGCAUCAUGCGUCGAAACAUCCCUCUUCCCCAACUAGUCUACAAUCAUCUAUUUCCCAACCCACGACCAGCAGACCCUUCGUCGUUUUCCGCACACGUCAGUCGCAACAUCGUACCUGAAGUGCGUUUGGAGACGACCACAUUCUAUGGCGCUCUCGACAGCACAGAGGCUCGCUACCCUGGGCUCAACUACUCCUAUGGGCCUCAUCGCAUGCGACUACGUCGGUUUCCGUGGCAUCGACGACUAUUCCGAGCCUUUGACGAGCUUGGGCUCACGGAAUCCGAAAUCGCGAGUCUGUGUCGAUGGGAGGGCACCAAAUGGGCUCGAGAACGGUACGAAAAGGAAGAAGGCGUCAUCGUUCGAGAUACGACUGGCGACGAAAUCAAACCUUGGGUUCGGCCUCAGAGCCCUUGUGCAUCCGCUUCUGCAUCUGCAAAUCCAACUUCCAUGUCUUUAUUAUAUGAGACACCAAGCGUUUUAGAAGCCUGCCCUCUAGCCAGGUCCAUGCAGACUACAAACCCCGCGCAGAGCGCUGUCAGCCAUACAGAAACCCAGGUAGAUCGGCCUAUUGUGGACGCCCCAGAGUCUACUACACAUACAGGGACAUAUCUAUCAUACACAUCUCCUUUUCUCAUGUCCACCACUCCCAACACAGACAGAAGCACAAAUACAAGCGCAGUCCCAAUCGAUCGCCCCGAGCCCGUGGCCCAGCCAGAGGGCAUGCUCAGCGAAAGCGAACAAGACGAAGACGAUAACGACGACAACGAUGAUGACGACGGAGAGUUGGAAAGCGUCGGCGUCGAGCUGAAUCGCCGUCUCCUCGCUGCGGCCGCCGCACGCGAGCGAGGCGCCGAUGUCGUUGUGAUGGACGAAGCAUGGGAACAGUGGCUCAAAGAUGCCGCUGAGCGAGGCGUGCUGGGCGAUCUCAGCAGCGGCUUACGCGUCGGUCAGGCGUUCCCUCCUCUGCGAGCCACCGUGACUACCAUACAUGAGGCGGCGGUACCUCCUGUCAGAUCUGCCGGUUUGGGCUCGUAGACGCCAGGAAAGCGAUAACAUCGGGAUUCAAAAUCGUUCUCUGAAAGCUAAGACCUGUAUAAGCCGUGGUUCGCUUCCUUCAUGACAGUAUGGCGUUCUUUUUUUCUCCCCCUUUGAUCGAACCUUUUCUCUCUUUCCUAGUCCACGCUUUCCUUCCAGCACAUUCUCUGCUUCCUUUUCCAGCUUGUUGCUUUUUCACCCUUUCCUCCCUUCACAUUGCGAGCUCUCCGUUUUUUCUUUUCCUCUUCACGUUACGAGCUCUUCUACACUUCUUGCUUUGUUCUACUGCUCGUUGCAUGGCCAGCGAUUGGCGUUGGGAUAUUGCGGAUCUGGAUCCGGAUUUCGGAGUCAAAUUGCGUUUCCGGGGGGGUUUUUUUUUUUUUUUCUUUUUCCUUUCUUUUCUCUCUUCUUCUUUUGCUUAUUUU